CUGGGUUGCUAACCUGCGAAUUGCUUACUUUGACGCCAGAUCGACAUGUCACGGUGAGCCUCGGCUCCACCGUAUACCAUGAGCUUUGCGUAUAAUAAGAAGCUGUAGUAUGUGGUAUUUGCUUCUUAUCUCCACAGCAUCGUUCUGACUCGCGUCUUGCUCUUGCCAUCUCAUAUCCGCUUCAGAUCAUUGAUUCGAUCGCAAGAUACUCACCGACAUCAUGCACUUCUCACUUCCCCUCCUUCUCCUCCCCGCCAUCGCGUUCUGCGCGCCAGUUGCGGAAAUCUUGCCCACGGCGCAGGAUGUGAUUCAGUCGGUAGUCUUCAUCCACAGUGCUGUUCUCGAGCUCGAUCAGAAAGUACAAGCCUUCCAGGGCGGUUCUUUCGAGACUGCCUUUGUUGAAGGCAAAGAAGUGCUCGCUGGCGUAGCGAAGAUCCAUGAAGUAAACCGCGAAGGGUUCCGACGAGCCACCCUGGCUCUACCACCUUUUACUAUCAAAGAGACUACCGAUCUGAUCAACACCGUCGUAGCGACUGUCAACGUCAGCAUCCCGAAUGCGACCAAGCAUCUCCAAGAGAAAGAGCCCGUGUUCAAGGCAAAUGGCUUCUCAGCCAUUGUUAUCGCCAGUCUGGCGCUGUUGGAGUUCGACCACGAUACGUUCAGUGCGGCGGCAGCGAAGAACUUCAACCUCGCUACCCCGAAGCCGAAGUUGGACGAGGGCAUCGCGGCGGCAGCGAACAUCCACAAGGUUAUUCAGGAUACCAUUGUGUUCUACACUGUAAACGCGGUCGUGUAAGGGGGAGGACUGUAUCUCAGGUGGUGUACAGCGGUGUAAUGUCCGUUCAUGAUAGGUGCCACGCAUGUGCAUUUGGUAGGAAGUCGCGUCCGUAUCAAUACAAACACGUGCCCUAUGUACGCGCCUGCACCUGCACAUGCGAGAAAAGUAAUCAUGCCACCGAUGACGUAUCAAGAUGAUCGACCGCCAACCUUGGAACCUUGUUU